AUGAAUUUGAGUCUUGUAGCGAGGCAUGGCCACAAGUCAAAAAUGGCACACAAGCAUCAUGGUGACUCUGCACAUGUAUCAGAAGGGCCUUCUGAUCCAGACGUCGAUAUGGACUUGAUAGUUUUCACUAUGAUGUUCAUGUUUUUAUCGUAUCUGCUGUCGAUUCUUGUGUACUUUGUGACAAGGUGGCUGGUAAAACGUUUGUUCACUGCAAGGAUUUCUUUACAUGAAGAAGGGACUAUGAAUGGCGGACAAUCAGAUCUUUCUGAGGAUAGAUAUUUGGAUGAUGAAAGUGAAGUGAAAGAAUUUCUACAAAAUCUUUCUCCAAAAGAACAGUUCUAUUAUAAGCAAGGAGAAGAAUAUGUGAAACAGAAUCCUCCACUUCUCGUUCCAUAUUUACCAAACGAUCCCGAGAAUAGAGAAGAAGUAAUACCAGAUCCGAUAGUGAACGAACAAACCUUGCAAUUUAUUGAAGAAGAAGGUGCAGCUGCGUGGGAGUUUCAAGCUGAUCCCAACCUUCCUAAUGAUACAGUUAUGAUACAAGAACGAACAGAAUUAACAUUUCUAAAUUUCAGUUAUGACGCGUCUGUGAUGACCACUUUACCAAUACCAAGGUUGAAUAAAGUGUACUAUUACGAAUGUAAAAUAUUUGAAUUGAAUCAAGGUAAAAACCAUCUAAGUGAUAACGAGAUGAUUUCCAUUGGGCUUUCGACGUCACCAUACCCAUAUUUCAGAUUACCUGGACGGCAUCAUCAUUCGAUUUCCUAUGAUAGCGAUGGUUGUAGAAGGAUGAACUCAUCGUUUCCAAUGUCGGCAGAAUUACAGACCCUGUUCCCUAGGUUUGAAAAGGGUGAUGUUAUCGGCAUUGGGUAUAGAACAAGAAGCGGUACGAUAUUUUUCACUCACAAUGGUAAAAAGUUAAAUGAGAAGAAAGUCGGUGGCCACAUAAAGGGAUGGAAACUAAAAUAUCUUUACCCAAUUGUGGGCUCCAACAUUCCUUGUAAAAUACACGUUAAUUUCGGAACAUAUGGUUUCGUUUACAUCGAAGCAAAUGUAAAAAAGUGGGGAUACUCUAAAAAUGCUGGCAUAAAAUUACCUCCACCAUCUUACGAAGAUUAUGAUCAGGAUGUUUUGUUAGAGAGCGCUUUUGAAGAUGAUGUCUCUGACAGCGAGAGUAUUACAAGUGACUCGAUAAACGAACAAAUUACAGAUCAAUCUGGUAACAUUUUACCGCCACCACCAGGUUUUGAAUUCAGCACAUCUGUCGCAAGCGAUAUUCCUGUAGAGUCCAUUACAAUGCAUUCUCUUCCAGCAGAGCCACCGAACUACUCGGCAGAUGAAGACGAAGAGCAUAAUGUUGAAGACAACACUAUAGCAAAUCAGUUUGUAGCAACUACGUAA